CUCUCUUGUCUCGCUGGCUCCAUCCGCCCUCCAUCGCAUUUCCGUUGUCCUCAAACACAAGUCGGAACCCAUGUGACUCUAUCGGGUCUGACAUAAUGUUGCCUCUGUCGCCGCUGACCGCGCUGGGUCCACAUUCCUUAUGUCUGGCUGCGUGCUGCUAACGUCGUUCCCUAGCUUGACCCCUACCAGGAUAUAUGAAAUGUUGACUUCACGCAGUUCCCGGGUCGCUACCGUGGUCCUCUGACUCAAUAGAAACGCCGAAGCAUCUCUCCUUGAGAGAGUGUUGUGCUCCCUCAUCCUUCCCAUAACCCGCAAUGGAUAUACCCCCGUUGGCGCAGCCUUGCCCGCUGUUGAGUCUUCCUGAUGAGCUGAGACUCCAUAUUGUCAGCUAUCUUGACAAACGGAGAGAUCUAUUCAACCUCUCCAGAGCAUGCCGCGUCCUCGAGGAUGCGACCAUGGCCCGUCUCUACCAUAGUGUCGAUCUCGACCUACCACAAUCAAAAGCCUUAAAGACUAUUCUUCGAGCACCGGUAAUUGAAUCUGUCCGAGAUCUCACGGUAAGACAUGGAAGGACGAAUAGGAGGAACUCGGUGUACAAUCGCAGGACGAAGUCCGACGCAGUCUCAGUGGAAGUGCAUGUGAACGAAAUACUCAACACUAUACCCAAGGGACGCUUGAUCAGAUUUGGAUUGCUUCAUCAGAGCCCACUGAGCCCGCAAGCCCUUAGCCUACUCACACAGCGCCAUAAAAACACCAUCCGGCACCUAAGUUUCUGUGAAGUCACUUCCUGGCAGGAGGAAACAGCCCUCGUGCCUGCCAACCUAUCCAGCCUCGAGAGCCGAACGGUCAACGAAGGAGAUGGAGUAGAAAAGAUCAUCUCUGCAAACAGAAACAGUCUGCAAAGAUUACACUUGGGACAAGAGAGACAUCUAAUUGAACAAUACCACCGGACAAGGGUUGGCUUCUUUGACCAAAUCCCGCGGCCUUCAGAUACCUUCUUCGCCACGGCUUUCGCGCUAGAAAGCAUGCCACAGCUCCGCGAACUGUCACUCUGCGGGCUUGACCUCACAUCUCUUCGACCAGCCUCGAUCCAGCAGGCCCUGUUCCUUUGUCAACUCGAGCGCCUAUCUCUCGAAUCCUGCCCCGGCACUGCCGAACUUCUCGAAUCUAUAGCUGGCACAUUCCACUGGUCGACGUACGCUCCUGACGCCCCUCAAAGUCCUCGCAUAAUUCCGUCGCUCAAGCACUUCCUCCUGCGGCACGAGAACCCAACCAACGCUCUCAAAGAUGCCGUGAUCCGCUUCCUCACUUCCUUCACUGGCCUGCGCGGUUUAUCGCUGCUGUUCGAAAACGCCGCAAUCCUCGAACGCCCCUCGACCCUUAUUGCAGAACACGGUCCAACCCUACACACUCUCGUUCUUGAAUCGCGCCUCCAACCCCGCGAGCAUCUCAGCCUAGACACCUCUCGGCCCUUUGGCGUCGGCGGGUACAGUUCCGAUCUGUGGGUCGACACAAUCGACGACAUCUCGCGGCUGUGCCCUAAGCUCGAAUCUCUGGGCAUGGGCUUUCCCUGGAACGACGAGAUGGUCCGCUUGCGAAAAACGGCACUUCCUGCCCUGGCGAAUCUCAAGACCAUACAUAUCCGCAAUUUCCCCGAGAACCAAGUGUUCAGCCAAAUGGGCGACUACAGUAUAAAGGAGUACGCGACCAAGUUUAUAGAGUGGGCUUUCCCAGCGCUCCUAGGCGGUCAGAAACCCAGUCUCGAACAACUCGCAAUCGGGCCCACGGUGUACGCGAGUCGAUGGACGAUGCUGCCCGCAACAAGCGCGAACGGCGCGAGAAACCAAGUACCCGAGUUUUUGAGAACGCAUCAUUUCUGUCUCGACUGGGCCAAGACACGAUUCGGCCUGUGGAGUGCCCUUAUCACGCCUGUGUCGGAGAAGUUCAUGGAAGAGUUGGCUGGAGAGAAGCCGCUUCGAGGCGUGUUUGAGCAGGUCUGGUUGAGAUGAAGCUCUUCUUUUCCAUCAUUCAAUAUUUGCGGGCAUUUCUUUCUCUGUGGUUAGCUUGCCAUCUACUGUCCCAUCUCGGGUAUUACUGCAGAUUCGGAGUAACUUGAGUGCGACAGAUGGUGAUGGACUUGCACUGUUGCAUCUGGCGUCGCGGCGUACCUAUGGUUUGGUUUGCCCAUGAUACCCUCAAGCAUAGAUAUAGUUUAUGUCAAAUGACAUGGAUUUGGGAAAACAAGUGUGAUACCACUCUGUUCGCGUCAGUCCGUGCUGGUAUGAGGGAUGUACGUUCUUGAUUUGCUGGCUUUACUCCGGCGCAUUUCUUCCGGGACCGAUUCACGGGUCGAUGGCAGCAAAAGGCAUACUAUCUACACUAUAUCACAAGCCUCCUAUUAACUUGAACCUCUUAGGAAAGGCGAUUGCGAU